GGACGAUAAAGAAUUUUAGAAAUCUGUUGCCUCUAUCGGACUUGCAGAUCUUUCCCGAGCUGCUUGGAGUCCAGAAGUUGUUAUGCAUUGUUGCCCUUCUGCUAUCCUCCUCUUGGCUCUGCUGCAACUCAGAUGCACGAGGCUGGAAUAAACCUCAAAAUGUCCGCGAUGUUGAUUGUAGUGGGGUGAAAAAAGGAUCAUGGGCGCGCAGGUGCGUCGUUACUCCUUUGCCGGUCGUCUUCUUGCGGCCCUCCAGGUCGUGUCUAGGUGCCCGGCGGUGCAAGCCGUGAAGGUGCUGCGACGAGGUGCAGCGCAGCAAAAGACCCAGGCCCACACAGAUGGAGGAGCUGCAUUCACAAAUCGAAAUCACCUCCAGACCAAAGCCAGCAAGAAGGCGGACACGUGCACAUGUGUUAAUUCGAUGGAUGACGCUGCUCCGAUCCUACCUACCUGGACCGAUCUGUCGCUGUCGGCUGCCGGCGGUACUAGUACUUUCACAGACCCCAUCUGCGCGAAGGAGUUCAGCGGCAAGUGCAAUUCUCAGUAUAAUGGGUCUGGUGGACUGACAGGAGACGAAGUCUUCAAGGUCAACGUCAACCCACAAUUGGAAUAUUAUUUCGACGCCUCUAAAAAUUUCUUCUGGCGGCGCUGUGACCUGCAGUGCCGUACGGAAUCUAACGGCAUGUGCAAAGCCUACCAGUCCGACACAGUAUCAAGUGCAAAUAGAGUUCGAUUAUGUCUGGGUCAGGAAGAAUGCUAAUGCAGAAAUUUGUAUAAUUUUUCGACCUGCAAGAAAGAAGUUGUGGAAUUCAUGCUCAGAGUAUGAGCAUGUCAUGACAAGAUCCGUGCCCGUGGAGGCCUCUCAAUGUGUAGCCUGCAUGAGAGAUGCCACAGCUGUGAGAGGCAAGAACCCCAGAGUGUCUUUCGACUGAGCAAGGCCGGCGGAUUUUUGUCUACGUCAGCAGACUUAGGAUGACGUCAAGUUGCAUCCUGCCCGUAUCAGACACCUGACAUUGUAUUUGCAAUCCAUACAGAAGUGGGACGUGCCAAUUUUACACUGCCGUCUGUCCGAAUCGGGUGUACUUGGACGACACGAAUGGGAAUGUUGAAAUCGUAUGGAUGGCGCCAGGCCGUAUAGCGGACACAAAACGGGGCAGAAAAACGUGCACAAUUACAAUCAAAAUUCAUCUUUUUCCGAAUCUCUAGCACCUUCGCCUGAGCGCUGAGAAUGUUUUUUUUUUGUCAGCUUCCUCAUCGCAUUGCCACAAUGCAGAAGCACUCGAGCUGCCAUAGGACUGCGUUAGUUGCGCUUUCAGCUUCUGUGAAUAGUAGAGGGCGAAGAGAAGCAGUGGGGCCGAUGGCUGAGAACCGACGGAAAGAAAGCAAUUCACCUGAAGGGAGGACAUGCCACGCGGCAGUCCGCGCCCUGCCGCCUGGGUGUGGUGCCAAUCUGCGAAGCGCCUCCCAUUCUUUCAUUUGUGUGAGAAAGCCCACGGAAGUGGCGGCGCCUGUGGCGUCUCCGACUGCCAGCAGCAACCUUUCCAGCCGGACCACCCCAGUGGGCGGCGCCCCGGCCGCACGCCAGGUAAAAGAUGCCGUGCAUAUUUUCAGUGUGCUUUUUGCUCGGACACACUUGCCUUGGGACACAAUUCGCCAAAAACCGGACACAAUGCGCGCCAAAGGUCGGACACAAUUUUUUUGCUCGCCGCCCGCCGCACGACACGGGGGCGGCGCGCGCGUGCCAGCCCGCUGCCCUGGCGCGCCAAAGUCUUCGCGCCGCUGUUGGCUUUUCCUGGCGCGGCCCGGCCAUGGUUUCCGCAACACCCAGUUGCGGCCAAAUCUGCCACUCUAUUUGCCUGUGGUGGGGCCGUGCUCGGUGCUCUUUCGAUUACGGUUUUGUGUGCAGGCGCAGCAGGAGCACAAAGCACCACAAGACAUGGCUGUAUGAGAAUCCCAGCUCCAUCAGAAUUCAGCAUCUUUCUCAUGGAUGAAUGACGGACGAAGUCCGCUGCUUUUGUUUCGGAAUGUCCACCAUUUUCCGUCCAAUUUGUGUCCGCUCGAGUCGCCUGGAUACCUCCAAUCGACGCAGAUGAUGUAUAGCUUGGAGCAAAACACGGCAAGUUGUAUAGAGGCAACAGAUGUGCCGCAGGUCGACGACAGUAACUGCGCCGUCGAUAUGCCUUUUUGCAAAUAUGUCUGUAUCUAUGGCCUGGAAAGUUGCCAUGCUGACUCGCGGGUGACAAAGAAACAAUAGGCCUCCAAGCAUGAAAAUCUUUUGGGGAACCAGGGCUGUGUUGCGUAUUGCGCAUGAGAUACGUACUCCACUUAAUUCAGUAGGCAUUCACUGUUCUUCCGCAACAUGAUACACCAGACGCGCUAUAGCCGUGUUAAACAAGAAGCACCUGCUCAGGUUUUGCAAUUUUCCACACCACCCAGACCUGAUAUUUGCACUUGAUAGUCGGAUACGGCGGUCAGUGCCAGCCUGGUGGCGCUUUCACGUCGCUUCUGGGAGGUACGAAUCCCAUCGUGAUCAGCACCUACAAUAACCGUGCCUACACGCUGAGCGAAUGCCGGUACUUGUGCUCGAAAACGGACGAAUGCAAAUCCUUCUUCUUGGAAAACAAUGCAGACGCUAGCGGCAAACGCAAGUGCUAUUUGAUGCGAGACGGAUGUGGCACAGGCACUGACACAACGUGGACGGGAUACAACUUGGCUUCCUGUGACCUGCAGUUUCCUGCCCAAGAGUGGCUUACACUAUCGCACGAAAAAACUGCGUCACAACUGUAAGAAUCUUGCGCGCUACUUUGCAUCACACCAGCACAAAAAAAAAUUUGCCACGCGAGCUUUCUGUUUCUCGGGGAAACACGCCUGAAAUAAAUGCAUUGUCUUGCAUGUGCAGCAAGACAAGCACUUCGGUGUAGUAGUUGCGUCCUCUGCAUCACAACUUUCCAGUGUUGAAACAGUUUUUUCUCGCGAUACACACCACAAAAAGACGACACGGACUACGGAAAGGCCUACACGCUGAAGUACGGCGGCGGUCCGAAUUACGGAGAGUUCUGCGUUAUCCCGUCCAAAAACUUCCCCACCCCCGAGUCAAGAUGAGGACGUUGCUUCACACUUCCACCGCUUUUGGCUGUUGCGCAUGAUAGCGUACUGCUGUUUAUUACCUAGCGCAUCCGCAUGAUGAGAAAUCGAUAUGCUUAUCCUGAUUCUAACAUUACAGGCUGGGGCUCCCGGAUUGCGUUAGAAAUGAAAGAAUGCCUCUCGUGCCGUGGCUGUGCAUGAUAAGCAUUUCAGGCAUGCAGAUUUGCGUGACAGCUCUGGGGAGGAGGCGUUUUUGCUCAGGAUAUGCGCGGCCUGGGAAGACACAGAGACGGUGGUAUGCAGUGCAAAAGUAUCGUAUUAGUAGAGAGCGCAUGACAAGAAAUUUUGGCAAGAUGAAAUUGAAGAGUGAGAUUUGUAUUAAUUAUGUUGAUUCAAGUUCGCAAAGAUGCAGAUACUAUGUAUGUAAAUAACUGCACUAAAAAUUCGAUGAACAAUAUACUACAAGGAGGUACGAUAUUGCCUUUGCAGAGGAUAGACGGCAUCUGACGGAAAAAACGGCAAAGCCGGUGCGAAUUACCGGUGCGCGGACCCACAGGACCGUCCAGACUGGUGCACGAAAAAGUGGUGCUACGUGAAAGCGGCGGGGGCGGUCAACGGGAACAUCACAGAAAAUCCGUUGGACCUAAACGCCCCUGGAGCGCCGGACGGGCCGAAUUGCGACGGUCUCAGUGAUAUCCUUCGCUAAAGUUGUAUCGCACUUGUACAAACAUGAAAUUGCGUUCGGGCGUGACAGGAGAUCUGAUGUAGUUUUUCCGCGGGCUACAUGAGCAUGACAGACAUAGAUCCCAUCUUCCCUUGAGAUGGAAAGACCGAGGCCAUGACGUUCAACCUGCAGCCGGCCGAAAAAACGAACGAAGAAGCACGAGAAGAGCGAUUCAAGUUCCAGGAACUUGGCGGCACAGAGCGCAGCGGGUGGAUGGUCGAGUGGAGUGGGGCGGACCUGCGCCCAGAGCUGAAACAGGGAGCGAAAAAGGCGCCACGGAUGGACAUGGGGUUGAAGCCCACGCACCUACUUGCGUGGGAUGAUGGGUCCUUCAACUGCUGCAUCCUGAAGAAAAGCGGGUGGGCAACAGUGCGGUGGCGAUGGGCCGAAACGCCGGCAAGGCUCAUACGCAUGGGCCGCAUUCGGUUCGUGAAGCAAGAGAAGAACGCAUUUGUCUGCGACAGAUGCGGCGACAUCCUGAGCGACCAAAAAGCACUGACCUACCACAAAGCGACGGGCUUCUGCCGACCAGCGAAGACAGAAGAGGAAGAGCGACAACUCCGGGUAGGGCGACAGAUACUGGAGAAACAGAAAGCAGAGCGCGCGCGGCAGCUCGUCCCAGCAAACCUAACCACCUACAGCGGGGAAGAAAUCAAGACCGUCAGCUUGUUCAAAUACCUGGGCACGCAAGUAGAAAACAACGCGGCGACAACGAAGGAGAUCGCGAGGCGCACCGGCAUGGCGCGUUCCACGGUCCAGGCACUGAAGGGCAUCUGGAGAGACCGAGACAUCUCCAGGAGGAUGAAAGCGACUCUAUACCAAAGCCUUGCCAACUCCGUCGCUUUAUACAACGCGGAAACCUGGCACCCACGGGAACACGACCUCAAGGCUUUGCGGUGGUUCCAGCACAGCACCCUGAAAACGGUGGAAGGGGAAAAACGCGCAUGGCAGUACGCACAAGAGGAAGCGGAAGGAGCAGAAGAGUACGCAAGCCGGCUCGACCUCUGCAACAGGACGGGCGUGCCGCCGAUAGAGACCAUCUUGCGGGAGAGGCGGGUAGCGUGGGCGGCGCACACCUUUCGCAACCCCAACGAAGCAUGCCACCACCUGACGAAGCAAGAGAUCCGAAAAAACACCCCCUGGGGCAGAAUGGUAAAAGAGGACUUCGACGCCAUAGGCCUUCCGGUCGACGGGUUCAUGGACUUAAAGCCACAGCCAGCGGCCCACGUGGUGAAGGCGCACCUCGUAGCAAAGAGGCCCACGAAGCCGCUACCGAAACAGCAAAAGGCCGACAGGAGGGGAAAGACCAAGGCGUGCAAGGCAAGGACCGCGCGACAAAACGAAAACAUCCGGAAACAAAAGGAGGAGGCCGAGCAAAAACAAGCGGAAUUCGUAGCGAAUAUCAGCGGCAGGCGCUGGGAAAGAGUUCCCAACACCACAGGCAGCGCCUGGCAAACCGAAAAAAGCGACGCCGAUCCCGAUCCCGUGACGUUCCAAAUCGACGCCGAAGAUUUCUGUGAGAAUUCGGGGCGGACAGAAUACCGAGUGUGCGGCAUCUGGUUCCAAAAGAUGAGUGACGGGACCUACGCCGCGCGCUGAUGCGUGCGAAGAUUCUUAGCAAAGCGAUACACUUGUAAGCACAUCCGAGAGAGAACGAUGGGAAACCGAUGAAAGAACUCUUCAAGAAGGAUAAUAGCUUGCGUGAGUGAGUGAAUGAAUUGAGAUGGAAAGAUUAUGAAAUUAUCAUUCAUGCAAUUCGUACUUGGUAGCUGUGCGAACAUACUUUUGCAAUGCACAAUUGACGUCACGAAAAGCAUCAAUGGGGAAGAUUUCAUUUGGUAUUCGUACCAAAUCUGCGAGGGAAAAUGACGCGGGAGGAGGGACGGAAAGUUGUCGUUGGCUUUCUCGAAAAAUCAUUUUCGAGGAAAGAAGCUGUAGAAGUUUGUCUUCGUACCGUGAUAAACGCGGACGAAAUUAUUUAAGUAAUCAGACAAAGAGUCCUCAGAGACGCUGACAAAGAACCUGUUUUUGUAAGUCUUGUUUUGCCCUACAUUUUCCUUUUUUUUGAAGCCACCACCACGAGAAAUGGAAUCGUGGAACAUAUAUGUGCAGUGUUUUUUACGAAGUUCAAGUUGCCAAGCAACAAGUUGAGCACAUGUACAUGAUGGAAAAUGAAACCAAUGAAGAACACGCAUACAGUAGCACUUCAGAUAUGAACGUCGUGUACAAAAAAUUGAAGAUUUCACAGAGUGGCGUCGCAAGCUUAACACCAAAAGGCACUCUUUGCUCUACUCACGACAACCUUGUUUUGGUCGCUUAGCUGCGUUCAGAAUGGGUGGUGACGUAUGUAUUUCCAAGGUUUCAACACCAAGAAGUCGAAGUGCAAAAAGAACUGCUCCUGCUCAUCACGCUUGUAUAAAACCAAAAGAACCCGCCGGAGCAGAAGAGUAGAACAGUUCUGAUGCUGCGCAUAACUUUGAGUGGCUUUUGCUAAAGUUGUCGCACGCGCGCGCACGUCCGCGAAGCGUCCGCUAGAGUUGGU